AUAAAAGUUUAUAAAGAAAAAGUUAUAUUAAGCAGUAGAGAAUAAAUUGAGUGGCCUCAUCCAUUUGAACUCCCCUCAUCUAAAAUUACACUCUAUCUCAUGGAUGAUCCAAGAUUUGUGAUCGAAGCUAGCGAAGCUGAAUCAAUGGCCAAAAAGUACGGGGUUUCAGUCCCUGAACUCCUCCCUAGGCUGGUGAAAUCAGCUCAGACACUCGCCCGUCCCCCCACUUCCAACUACCACGUCGCCGCCGUCGGAUUAUCCUCCGAUGGCCGGAUCUUCAUCGGCGUCAAUAUCGAAUUCCCCGGCGUCCCUCUCCACCACUCGAUCCAUGCUGAACAGUUUCUUGUCACCAAUCACGCCCUUCAUAACUCUCCGCGCCUUUUGUAUAUCGCUGUUUCUUCUGCCCCUUGUGGCCAUUGCCGCCAGUUUCUCCAAGAACUCCGGCAGGCCGGAGAGAUUCAAAUCUUGAUCACAUCGGAGCCUCAGAAAGAUGUGAUUUAUAAGCCUCUUUUGUCAUUACUGCCCAGCCCAUUUGGCCCAACUGACCUUUUGGAUCAGCAAACGCCUUUGAUUCUUGAGAGUCAUGAUAAUGGCUUGUGUUUGAUGCAAAACAAGAAUUUGGCAAAUGGGGUUGAUCAAGAUUGCGAAAAGUUGAAAUCUUUGGCUUUGGAAGCUGCUAAUCAUUCUCAUGCUCCUUAUACUCAUUGUCCAUCUGGUGUGGCUUUGAUGGAUGUCAAUGGGAAUGUUUUUAAGGGUUGUUAUAUGGAAUCAGCAGCUUAUAAUCCUAGUUUGGGUCCCGUGCAAGCCGCAUUGGUGGCUUUCAUCGCUAGUGCUGGUGCUUCUUAUCAUGACAUUGUUGCUGCCGUGCUUGUUGAGAAGGAAGAGGCAGCGGUUAGGCAAGAAGAUACUGCUAGAUUGUUGUUGAAGAUGGUCGCACCUGAUUGUGAUUUUCGGGUUUUUCAUUGUUGUUCCUCACUGAAUGGAUGUGUAUAAACAAGUCAACCUUGGCUUUGCUUUAUUUCAUUGUAAUACAUCUAUUCUUCACAAUUGCUGGAAAGCUGAUAUCAAUUAUGAUAUGUAUGAUUGAUUCAAUGAAUGAAUGAAUUAUUAUCCUUUGUUGUCCA